AUGUCCGCCAAGUUCUUGGUGGUCGAAGUAGACGACAACAAUGCUGCCGUGGAACUGGUCCAGCUAAUGCUGGAACGAGGGUUCGCACGUUUGAUGUUGCUCGACGACCUCAGCAAGCAUCCUGCCUUGACACAUCGUCAGCAACCUCAGCUGCCCAUCAUCACGGAGCCUUCAACACCGUCCAGUUCUGAGCCGGGUUUCCAAAUUGAAAAAACUCAUCUAGACCUACUGGCUCAAGCGCAUUGCUUGGUGAGUAGUCCGCCCCGUGAGACGUCUCCGCCCACGGCAAAGAGGUCUCGCGCUUCGAAUGGCGACCCGAACAAGGAUUACCACACCUGCCAAAUAUGUGGUACAAGAGUAAAGGCACCACGAGGUGGUCGAUGGAACUUGCAGAUGCAUGUGAUGGCAAUGCACUCGUCGUUCCGACCGUAUAAGUGCCGCUCUUGCGACUUCCAGGACUACCGAAAGCCUGGAAUGCGAAAACAUUGUAUACUUACUCAUGGUGAAGACAUGGAUCCAGUUGACAUCAGCAACGACGUCAAAAGAGCGGAAUGGGACAACGUCAUGCGAAGGUGCUUUCCGGAAUUUGGCUAUCGUACCGGCUUUCUCAUCGAACCGAAAGCUGUCCAAGUCAUUGCUCCUGAAACCUCAUAG